GCAGUUACGUCAGUGACGGCUGGCGUAGCAGCAUGAGAAGGACACUCAGUGGUCGCUCAUUAAAACACAUUGUCGGAUUUUUGGGUGCAAAUCCGUCGUCUCUUGUCCAUCCGACUGCGUGCAAACGGAGCGUCUUUGCACAUUUCCUCGGCAGGAAGUCGACGUGUGACAGCGCAAGCAUGGAUCUCAGCGACAUGCGGAAAAGAUACAAAGGAGACGAGGAGUGUUUCGAGGAGAGCCAGCUGGCGUCUCUCGACCCGAUCAAGCAGUUUGGGAGCUGGUUCGAUGAAGCCACCAAGUGUCCUGAGAUCGGGGAGGCCAACGCCAUGUGCAUCGCCACGGCGACCAAGGAUGGCCGCCCGUCGGCCCGCAUGGUGCUGCUCAAAGGUUACAGCAGCGACGGCUUCCGCUUCUUCAGCAACUACGAGAGCCGUAAGGGCAAGGAGCUGGAGAGCAACCCUCACGCCUGCUUGGUCUUCUACUGGGAGCCUCUCAACCGACAGAUCCGCAUCGAGGGCGAGGUGGAGCGCAUCCCCUACCAGAGUUCCUGCGACUACUUCCACUCGCGGCCCAAGAGCAGCCAGGUCGGCGCCGUGGUGAGCCGACAGAGCACGCCGGUCCCCGACAGAGACUAUCUGAGGGAGAAGAAUGCAGAACUGGAGGAGAAGUACAAGGACACACAAGUGCCGAUGCCUGACUACUGGGGGGGCUACAUGGUGAAGCCCCACCUGAUGGAGUUCUGGCAGGGUCAGACCAACAGACUCCACGACCGCAUCGUCUUCACCAGACUGGACGCCGAGGCUGAGCCGGGAGAAUACCAGCACCGUGGCGAGGGCGGCUGGGUUUACCAGCGAUUGUCCCCGUGAAGGACCGCCGUCGCCACGGAUGUGUGGCUGUGGUCAUGUGACACAUUUGAUCGGGUAUCUAUGUGUUGUUGUUGUUUUAAUGAGCCGUGCAAUAAUAAUAAUAAUUUUCUAAUGGAA